AUGGUUGUUGUGGUUUGGCGCAAGGCUUUAAAAUUCUCCGUUUUUGUUGGUGUGAUCCAUGCUGUUUUCAGGGUUAACGCAAGCUUUGGUGGAUUUGAAGCUGCAGUUCCUGUCGUACACGCCGCUCCUAUAGCGGUUGCUGCACCAGUGUUCCCAGCCGUUGUCAGAUCAAUCUUUUCAACUUUAAAACAAUGCAUUCUUUCUAUCAUCACCAUCAUGGGCUACCCGUUGAGGUCAGAAAUACCAUGCGUACCUCAGACAGAGAAUCGGGACACUUUUCUGGCACCAUGCAUCACUCAUCGGAUUUUGGAUUUCCCUUCCAUGAAAGGAGCUAGACUUAUUGACUGCACAAGUACCCACUCGGUUGCGCCGUUCAGUUUCAAUAAUAAAACUUUUUUUGAUUACAAAAACAUGCACAAUAUCUGA